AAGUGCAAUUUUCUGAAUAAAAAUGAAUCUUAUGUAUAUUUUAUUUUUUAUUGUGACCACAGUUUUUGUGGUAGUAAGUUGUGAAGAAGAACGGAAACGGCCUAAUAUAGUGUUUAUUAUUGCUGAUGAUUUGGGUUGGGAUGACGUGAGUUUCCACGGGUCAGACCAGAUCCAGACGCCCAACAUCGACCUGCUGGCGUACUCGGGAGUGGUCCUGGAGAGGUACUACUCCCACUGUCUGUGCACGCCUUCUCGAGCUGCCCUCCUCACUGGGAAAUAUGCUCAUCGUCUUGGCAUGCAAGGUUAUCCGAUAGGUUUCAGUGAAGAUCGAGGAAUCCCGGUAGAAGAAAAACUUCUGCCGCAGUAUCUGAAGGAGUUAGGCUAUGCGACCCAUAUGGUGGGGAAGUGGCACAGUGGGGGCUCCCGAAGAGAGUAUCUUCCUACAGAACGGGGAUUCGAUUCUUUCUUCGGUCAUGUUGGCGGAUUUAUAGAUUAUUAUGAAUACACUAGCGAGGAACCUUGGCCUUCUGGUAAAGUGUCUGGAAUGGCUCUGUAUAAAAAUCUAACCCCUGCAUGGGACGUCGAAGGCUAUAUUACUGACGUUUACACGGAAAAGGCCACAUCAAUCAUAAGAAAUCACGACAAGUCAAAGCCCCUAUUUCUGAACGUAGCUCAUAACGCGCCGCACGCUGGCAACCCAGGCGCCGUCUUGCAGGCGUCCCCGAAAGACGUGAGUGCCAUGCGUCACGUGGAGUCGCCGGGACGCAGGAUCUUUGCAGCAAUGGUAAAAAAACUAGAUGAUAGCAUCGGUGAUAUCAUGGCGGCUCUUCUAGAAAAAGGAAUGUUGCAAAACUCCAUAAUUGCAUUUGUUUCUGACAAUGGGGGCAUGAGCUCUGGCCAAACAAUGAAUUAUGCAUCCAAUUGGCCUUUGAGAGGGCUAAAGAUGACUCCUUUUGAAGGAGGCGUUAGGGUCGCCGGACUUUUAUGGACCCGACAAAUAAAUCAUCAUCUAUUAAAAGGUUACAUGCAUGCUGUAGAUUGGCUCCCAACUUUACUGAGAGCAGUAGGAGCUGACGUUCCUUCAGGAAUAGAUGGCAUUGACCUCUGGGAUGAAAUAACACUAAAUAAAGUUUCGCCAAGAAAUGAAAUUUUCGAUAUCACUGAUGACACCGCUCCGAUUAAUUAUUCUGCUAUUGUAUCAGGACCAUAUAAACUAGUGACUGGCGAUGUUGUAUUAAGUUACAGCAAUUAUCAGGGAGAAGAUUUAAGAGGUGUUAUUGGAGAUAUUCCUUUGUAUAAUAAGUCUCUCAAAGAGAGUAAAAUGUUUACCGUUUUGGAAAAAAUCGGAAAACCGUUCAAUGUGGCAGACAUUGAUCUUAGAUAUAAAAUGAAAAUAGAUUGUAAAGGAAAAGAACGCAAUAGCGGCAGUGCUUGCUAUCCUCAAAACGGUAAAGUGGUAUGUCUAUUUAACAUAAUUGAUGAUCCGUGUGAGACCACGGAUAUAUCGGAAAAGUAUCCAGAUCUCGUGAAGGAUCUAACGGAACGUCUUCAAGUUGAACUGAAGCAGAGAAUACCAAGAACCCACGGGUAUUUUGAUGCCAGAUCGACACCAAGUCUAUUUAAUUAUACAUGGACCACAUUUAUUGAUUAUUAUUACCAUGUCCAAUCUACGUAGCUGAAAAUAUUUUUAUAAAAGACAGCGAUAUUUUUCUAGAUAAUUGAAUAAAUGUAUAUUUUAAUUUCAGAACUAUAUUUGUUUAUUAG